AUGCCCUGCUCCUUCGCUCUGAAUAUCUUCCCCGAAGGCUUCUCCAUCGACGUUCCCACGCAGGACGGCCGCCCUCCGCCGCGCCUACCGGAAGCGCUGGUGGCGAAGCUGUACCCGUACGACCGCUCCACCGAGUCGUUCCUGCAGGUGAGUCCACGCCCGGCCAAUGCGAUUGACACCGGGCAUCUGCCCGGGGACCUGCUGCACGACAUCCCCUGCAUCUACCGCAACGGAUGUGUUGCCUGCGAGGUGCGCGACUACCGCGAGCUGGCGGAGGGGCGGGGUGGCAGCAUAGCGCGGAUCCCCCCGGGGUCCUCGCCAGCAGCAGCAAUGGAGGCAGCGGGGCGGCGGGCGGGCGAGGGCCCGGUGAGGACGUGGCGUGUGGUGCUGCGACCCACGUCUGAGAGCAUUGCGAAGGACGUGGCCGCCAUGGCUGACGCCUCCUGGUCGUAUCAGGACAUGCUGGUGGGUUGGGAGUGGUGGAAAGGCGUGCUGGAGGUGAAGGCACGCAUGUUAAGGGCAGUGCAGUCGCCGCUGUGUCUGGAUCCCAGCCCACGCGUGGCCCAGGUGGCGAGGCAGGAGUACAUUCACAGGGCCAAUGCAGAGGUGGAAGCACGCAUCCUGAGAGCAGUGCAGCCGCCGCUGUGUCUGGACCCCAGUCCGCGCGUGGCCGAGGUGGCGCGUCAGCAGCAUUUCCACAAGGCGAAGCUGAACGCCGUGCCGCCCGCGUCGCGGCACCGCGGGCUGCUCAAGUACCGGCGCCUCGCCCUCCCCCCCGCGUGGGACCCCCUGUCGCCCCUCCGCCGCGCCGUGGCUGGGGAUGCUGUCGCGCCUGAUGAUGGCGAGGCGGAGGAGGAGGAAGAAGAGCGAGGGGGUGGGAAGGGGUCCGCAAAACGAACCGCCGCCGCUGCUGCCGCCGCCACGUCCACAGCUCUGCCUGGCUCGCUCCCAUCCGCUGUGGCAGGCCCUGCUGACGCCUUUGGCCCCUUAUCAGACGCAGCAGCAACUCCAGAGGUCGCCGCUGCUCGUGCUCCUGAGCUUGCAGCUGGUGCUGGUGGCGCUGCUGCCGCUGCUUCUGCUGCUGCUGCCAGUGCUGUAGCCGCCGCCGCCGCUGCUGUUGGUGGGGGUGGUGGGAAGGUGGAGAUGGGUGCAGAUGAGUUCCUGCUCAUGAGUGCAGGCCUGCUGGGUGGGGCAUUCGGGGGAGCGGCUGCACCAGCAGGGACGGCUGUAGCAGGGGCAGGUGCAGCAGCAGGCGGCACAGCAGGGGUGGGGAUGGCAGCAGAGGGGGGGCUGGGGGGUGAACUGGAGCAGGGGCAGGGUGGCGCUGGGGGCGAGGAAGGGGGGUUGGAUGAUGCAUUGGAUGGGCGUCUGGAUGGGGGGUUGGACGGGGGAUUGGAUGGGGGAUUGGAUGGGGGAUUGGAGGAGAGUCUUGAUGGAGGGUUGGAUGCUGGGUGGGAGGAUAAGAACGAGUCGCUGGAUGAGUUUGGUGGGGCGGAUACGGGGCUGUCCCAUGCGAUGCCUGUGCCUGUGCUGCGGAAGCAGCGUAUGUCCCUGUUCCAGCAGCAGCAGGUGGAGCUGCAGCGUCGCAGACAGCAGCAGCUGCUGCAGCAGAAGCAGCACGAGGAGGAGCAGCAGCAACAGCAGCUAUUGCUGCAGCAGAAGCAGCAGCAGGAGCUGCAGCUAGAGCAGCAGAAGCAGCAGCAGCUAGAGCAGCAGAAGCAGCAGCAGCUAGAGCAGCAGAAACAGGAGCAAUUGCAGCAGCAGCAGCUGAAACAGCAGCAGGAACAGGAGCAGCAGCAGCAACAGCAGCUACAACAACAACAGCAGCAACAGUGGCAACAACAACAACAGAUGCAGCAACGACAGCAGCAGCAGCAGCAGCAGCAGCAGCAGCAGCAGCAGCAGCAGCAGCAGCAGCAGCAGCAGCAGCAGCAGCAGCAGCAGCAGCAGCAGCAGCAGCAGCAGCAGCAGCAGCAGCAGCAGCAGCAGCAGCAGCAGCAGCAGCAGCAGCAGCAGCAGCAGCAGCAGCAGCAGCAGCAGCAGCAGCAGCAGCAGCAGCAGCAGCAGCAGCAGCAGCAGUUGCAGCAACAGUUGCAGCAGCAGCAGCAGCAAAGGCAAGGCCAGGCCCCUUACCCUGGCCAAUUACCUACAGCAGGGGCAGCAGCAGCAGCAGCAGAGGAGAGGGCGAGUGUGAAGCACGAGCCUACCUUGGAGCGAAGCCCGUCCAAUGCCUCUAUGCCCUCCUCCUCCUUCCCACCCGCGCCCGCUCCCACCUCUCCUGCUCUCCCUGUAUCCUCCCGCACCCAGCCGUCUGACUUUGCCUCCCAGCUGCCUGGUGCUGCUCCCCACGUGCCCGGCAUGACAGAGCAGCAGCAGCAACAGCUCCAGCAGCAGCAGCAGCAGCAGCAGCAACCAAAACAGCAGCAGUCGUUGCAGCAGCAGCAGCAGCAGCAGCAGCAGCAGCAGCAGCAGCAGCAGCAGCAGCAGGCAGGUGGUUCAGGCCCGCCGUCGGUUCCUGCAGGGUCAGCUCAGCGGCAGCAACAGCAACAACUGCAGCAGCAGCAACAGCAGCAACAGCAGCAGCAGCAGCAGCAGCAGCAGCAGCAGCAGCAGCAGCAGCAGCAGCAGCAGCAGCAGCAGCAGCAGCAGCAGCAGCAGCAGCAGCAGCAGCAGCAGCAGCAGCAGCAGCAGCAGCAGCAGCAGCAGCAGCAGCAGCAGCAGCAGCAGCAGCAGCAGCAGCAGCAGCAGCAGCAGCAGCAGCAGCAGCAGCAGCAGCAGCAGCAGCAGCAGCAGCAGCAGCAGCAGCAGCAACAGCAGCAACAGCAACAGCAGCAGCAGCAGCAGCAGCAACAGCAACAGCAACAGCACAUGCAGUCCAAGGCAGGUCAACUCCCAUCGCAACCACCCAUGCCUGGAUACACUCCCCCACACCUGCCCCCUCCCCUGCCUGCCGCCGCUGCCUCUCCAUCUGUGACAGCAGGCCCACUAGUGCCCCAACUGGCCAAGCCCGGCAUUGCUCAGCAGUCGCACCUGCCGCCGCCCACACAUGGCCAGCAGCAGACACACCCCGCGCAACCAGGUGCUCCUGACGGCGCCACUCCUGCUGCCGCUGCUGCUCGCCCGCCCAUGCCUCCUGAAGCACCAUCGCCUGCUGCUGCUGCUGCUGCUGCUGCUGCUGGUAUGGCCUCACCUGGGGUUGUAAUGGCGCCACCCGAAGCCAAACCUCAGGUACGACCCAGCCUGCCUAUUCAGCAGCAGCUGGCAGCAGCAGGCAUGGUGGCUACUUCUCAGGUGGCGAAUGGGGAGCAGGUGCGCAAGGCAGUGGUUGCAGCCCCACCAUCCGGCCCCCCGGGUGGCAUAGUGGUGGAGGGCCUGUAUCCGCCAGCGCCAUCGUCCCCGGAAGCCCUCCCCCGGCCCAAGCGCAGCAACCCCGACCCGGCGUUGGUGCGGCAGGCGCUGGCGGGCGGGGGGGAGGAGGCAGCGGAGCCCAAGGGCAAGCGCAGCCUGCGCUUCUCACUGCUCACCGCGGGCGUCAACGUCAACGCGCCCAAGAUGCGUGGGCUUACCUUUGUUCGCCUCGACUCCAACCCACAAGGUCUUUUCCUCCUUUCCCCUCUCUUUUUCCUUUCUGCCCUCACGCUCCCCUCUGCCCUCCGCACUACCCUCUCUGCUCCCCCACCAGGCGUGCGGCGCAUGCAGCAGCGGCUGGUGAUGAGGGGGCGGCAGAAGGACGAGUGUGUGGAGGCCAUCAUACAGGAGGGCGCCGAUGGGGAUGCUGACGCUGCGGGCGCGGCAGGAGGGGCGGGCGGAUCGAGCAUCUCACUGCGCCGCGACCAGCAGCUGCCUCUCAUGCCCAACACCGUGCAGCGCGAGGGGUGGCACAUGAUGGAGGACCAGGUCAUACCGCUGCCCAAGCACAUGCACCCCGCCACGCAGAUCAGCACCAACUCCGCCGCCGCCCGCGACCGCGCCGCUGCUGCCGCCGCCGCUGCCGCUUCUGCCGGCGCUGCCGCGGGUGGGAAUAGUGGUGGUGGGAUGGCAGGGGGCGGGAUGGGAGGUGCAGCAGGAGCAGGGGGAGGAGGGGGUAUGGCAGGCGGGCGGGGGGUGGGUGUGGUGGGCCAAGGAGGGGCAGGGGGAGCGGGAGCAGCAGGGGCACGGCAGGGUGGGGCUGCUGGGGGCCCUGGGGGCGGAGGAGGCUUGCCGCCCAUGCCCCCUCCACCCGCCCCUGCUGCUGCACCUGCAGGCCUGGGAAGGGGACCAAACGGGGCAGCAGCAGCUGCUGCUGGGAACACCAUGGGUCCCCCACAUGCCACCCCUCCUCCCCAUGCAGGCUAUGCUGCUUCCCAUGCCAUGCCGUCUCAUGCUGCCUCCCCACAUACGCCCUCCCCUCAUGGCCUUCCCGGCAGCAGGGUCACACCCCCCCAUACUGUCACGCCCCAUACUAUGAGCCCCUCUGUGGGAUCCCCUUCUGUGGCAGGCAUAGCCCAUCCUAGGUCCCAACCUCCUGUAGCCACGGGCUCUGCUUCCCAGCCUGUAGGCGCUGCAGGCCAGGCAUAUCCCCCGCGCCCACCUCAGCUUCCCCGAGCCUCGCCGACAGGCACGGUAGGAAUGGGGCACAUGGCAGGAAGGAUGGGUGCAGGCGGUAUGGGGAUGGGGCCUAGGGGAGCGAUGAGUGGGCAAGGGGGCAUGGGCGCUGGAGUGGCGGCUGCAGGCAUGGGCACAGGUAUGGGCGCCGUGAUGGGAGGAGUGGGUGGGGCUGUGGAUGCAGGGGCAGGGCAGAGCAGAGGGUUCUACGGACAGUCGAUGCCACCCCAGCAGCACUCCCAUGUGCCACCGCAGCAGCAGCAGCAGCAGCAGCAACAACAGCAGCAGCAACAACAGCAAGGGCAGGGGGGGCCUGCUAUGAGAACAGCACAGAUGCCUUACACGCAGCCACAGCAGCAGCAGCAACAGCAGCAGCAGCAGCAAUUGCAACAGCAGCAACCGCAACAACAGCAACAGCAAGGGCAGCAGCAGCAGCAGCAGCAGCAGCAGCAGCAGCCCCAGCGGCAGCAGCUUCCCUCUGCACCACCAGCUGCCACCCCCAGCAGCACGGCCUCUCCAUCUGCUCCCCCUGCACCUGCUGCCACCACAAGCCCUGCACGCAUGGCCCCUGGUAGUGCUGCUGCCGUCGCCCCUGCGGGCGAAGGGAAGCUGGAGAGUGCGCCAAAGUUUGAUGGGAGCGACUAUUGGACUUGGAGCUUCCGAUUCGAACAAUGGGCAGAGGCGCACGAUCUAUGGGGGUACUUUGACGGCUCGGAGGAGCGACCUGCAACGGGUGACGCACGGCUGAAGUGGGAGAGGAAAAAUCAGAAGGCAUUCGCCCAAUUUUGCAAUGCCUUGGUGCCAGAUGAGCUGAUUCGCUUGGUACGGGAGUUCGGCGGCAAGACCGAAUUGGGCAGCGCACCUGUUGAUGGCGGAGCAAGAGCAGUCACCCGGGUUCCUGCAGACACAGCAGCGGCAUACACACGAGUGAAGGAGUUCUACCUUCAGCGUGGAUUGUGUAAUCGGAUGGCACUCUCUGAGGAGCUCUCCUCAUUGAAGAUGAAAGAGGGGGAGGGAGUGGCUGCAUACUGGGCGCGUGCCGAGGACUUGCGGUCCAAGUACUUGGCUGCAAGAGGGAAGGAGGAGGUUGGGGAGUGGAUGAUGAGGGUACUCAAAGGACUACCUCCUCACUUUGAGAUGCUGAAGGUGGUGCUGAACAACCAGUCAUCAUCACUCACUAAGGAUCAGCUGCUUACCUCCUUGAGGAGCGAGGAGAUGCGGAUUGGUGUCGCACCAAGGUCGGAUGGUGUAGCCACCUUUGGAGCGGGUACGAAAGUGGGCAGCAGCGGCAGGGGAAAUUGGGACAAGGGAGGAAAGCAUGGAGGCAGCGGUAGCAGCAGUGACACCAACUCGGGCAGAUGGGGUCAAGGGAAAGGCAAAGCGGGAGUGCUUGAUUUCCCCUGGGGGUUUAAGGGCAUGGCUCCUCGGGGGUUGUGUCAUGGCUGUUGGGAUGAGGGACAUGCAUGGCAGCGAUGUCCUCAUCGACCUAAGGGAGGCAUUCCGGCAUUCUUAAAGCGGGGGGGUCGUGGGUCCAACGGCAAGGCACAGGUGGCGGAAGAGGAGGAGCAGGAUGACAAGGCAGAGGCAGUGGUUGGAGAGGCAGUUGCAGCAGUGGGAGAGGAGCAGCCGCGAGAGGGGUGGUGGAUUGACAGUGGGGCCAGCCACAACUUUACUCCUUAUGCAUCAGACUUCAAAAGUAAGCUUCAGCCACCAGAGGUUCGGGGAGUUAGAUUGGGAGAUGGACGGGUGGUGAAAGCUGUUGGCAUGGGUGAGGUGCCAGUGGUUGGUGCUGGAGGUCAGCUGCUGAGGAUUCAAAAGGUCCACCUUGUGCCUGAGAUGCACACGCGUCUGCUGUCAGUCCCACACCUCACCUCUCGAGAUGUCAUUGUCACAUUCAAGGGCAAAAAAUGUGUCCUUAAACGGGGGGAGCGGGUGUUGGCGAUUGGAGAAAAGGAGAGGGGAAGGGACCAUGGAUUGAACAGGGUCAGCCACAGUGCUUUGCCUGCUUCCAUCACACCAAUGGAGGCGUGGUCCGGCCAGAAGCCGCAUGUAGGCAUGGCUCGGAUUUGGGGUUGCAUGGGGAGUGUCAUGCUGCAUGGGCAUGAGAAGGGUGGCAAGCUUGAUGCACGGGCUGUCAUGUGUGUCUGUGUUGGGGUGGACAUGGAGAGCAAGGGUUGGCGCAUGCUGGACCCUUCUCUCAUGCGCAUUCGCAUUGCUCGGGAUGUUGAUUUUCUUGAGAAUGUGAUGUGGAAGGAUUGGGACAAGGCAAAGGGAUAUGGGGAGCUUCUGCAGGAUGCAGCUGAGAUUUCCCAACUCCUCCCUCUUCCACUCUCGCCACCCUCAGCACCGGUUGACGACGCUGAGAUGCCACCUUCAUCACUGCCACCGGCACCGCUGAGUAUGUCGGUGCCGCAGCAGCCCACCCCUCUGCAGCAGCUCAGUGGCCCCUCGGUCAUUCAGCGGAGAUCCGCUACACAGGCUACUUCCUCUUCCUCCUCCUCUGGUCAGCGCUCUGUCCCUCUCUCUACGGGUGCCCCUACGUCACCAGCGACUACCUCCCCACCACCGGUUACGGGUUUGCAGGUGCUUGGUAUCCAGUCUGGUACAGGUGGUGAGGAGGAAGGGGGGGAUGCUGGUGUGGUUGAGGGCAUGCUGUGUUUGGCCAGGGAGGUGGAGGUUGUUGCACUAGCAGGUGUGAGCACCGGUGAUGUCCCACGCACACUCGCUGAGGCCCUGCGUGGCCCUGAGGGCCCUGCGUGGAAGGCACGCGCUGAGAAGGAGGUGAAUGCAAUGCGCACUAUGGGUAGGGUGUACCGCUAG